CUUCUUGUCGCUUGACCAUCAUCUACAGAAUAGACGAUCAACUACUAUCUCCUCCUUCUCCUUGUGUGUUCUCCCGAGUCCUUCUCUCGACCCGCCGCUUUCCGGCCUGGAGAGGCAUUGGCACCCUCGCAGAAGCGGUAUCUUCGGUACCUACUUGUGGGAUAUCGCUGGGCAUCGGUCUUUGGGCAAUGGGGGCUCGCUUUCUGGUAUGUAUCAUAUCGUUUGCGGACAUCUUCCGAGGGACCCGGACCGGCAACCAAUACAAAUCCUGGGUGAUGGAUGAGGUUGACGGAUCCUCGAAUCGGGCCCCGUGGGCUGGACCGCUGGACAUCGGGAGGGACGGAAGUUUUCACAAACGACGAGCUCGCUGUCCAGAGGCGUCGUCGAACUGUGGAGUCCUGGAGCUUUGGGACAUUUGGCACCGGGCAAUGGAAUCGAGGACCGCUAGAGUACUAGGUAAGUACCGGUACUCGCCUGAUCGUUGCCGGAUGUACCGUGCGAGCUUUGACAUGUUUUUGAUUAGGUCGAAAGUGAGGGUGAAGGUUUGUAAGUCGGAACCUCGGGCGUGCCGUCUAGUACUCCGACCAGAGGAAUGUGGACAAACAUCAAGAUUCCACUCCGGGCAUUCAGACACCGGUCGAUCCAGAGAGGAAGGAUACAUCAUAGUACCCUAGAGUACAUCUCGGCUCUAGACUCUUUUCAGAGCAACGGGCAUCCUCGAGCUCCCAACACACCAGCUCGGCAAACAACCGAAACACAGGCACCAAGCAAGACAUUCGGUUCAGCUCAGGAUGCUCCGUCGAGCUGCAUCAGCUAUCAA